AUGACUGUUAUCAACGGGGGUGAUAAUAUCGGGACAUACAUACCGCUCUUUUCGCAGGCGAAGGGUACGGAGAUCGCUGUCUACGUCGUUGUCUACUACAUCCUCCUGGGUGUAUGGUGUCUGGCUGCGUGGCUGGUUAUGAAGCAGAGGCAUAUUUUGAAGCUUGCGCAGAAAUAUGCCGAGUAUGUUGUGCCUUUCCUUUACAUGGGUCUCGGGAUUUAUAUUGUUGUGAAGUCUGAUGCUUAUCCAUGGUCGAUUGAGCGCAUUAAUGGGGAUAUUGCUUCUCAUCCUGGAAAGCUUGUUAUGGCGGUUUCUACGACCGGGCUGCUUUUGUUGUGUAUCGGCGGGAUGGGGCUUCUCCAGUGGUGGAAGUGGAAAAAAGAAAAGAAGAACACUUCCGACGAGACGGGGGCUGAGAGGCUGGACUCGCCAUCCAUUGAUGAUGGUCUUUCAAGGAGGACUGGAGUUGAAGCCCCCAUUGACGAUGAGACAAAGACUGCCGUUCGACCCCCCGCCUCCGAGAAUGACUCUCAUACUAGGAGGGCAGGUGAUGUUACUUGA